AUGUCGGUGACAAUUUGCUCUGAGAUCAUCGGCAUCGACGCUCUAAUACCAAACAUCAGUGGUCGUGACCGCGAAGAUAAGGAUGUACAAGGACUCAUUCCUUGGGUCUUCAAGCAAUCAGAAUCUGCUGAUGAAAACGACACAAGUCACUGGCCCAAAGGGGACCGUAUAUUCAAUGCCUUUUUCAAUGACCUAUACUCCUACCGCGACGAGCUAGAAGACAAUGUGCUCAACCAUACAGGGAUUUCACGAGUCCUGGUGGCCAACGAGACGAUUGAUUUGCCUAGAAAGAACUGGAGAGUGUCUGAAAGAGAAUAUUUCAGACAUUUCGAAGGGCCCAUCCUUCGCUUCACCUGUUCUGGGCUGAAGUUCAGAUACACAAUGGGUGGUAAGCAAUAUGCCAGUAGAGCGGAAGGUGCGGCUUUCGUGGGACAACCGGCCCAGCGCCUACCAGUGCUUAGCUUUACUGGAUGGUAUGAAGGGCAGACCUGGAAUGAAUUUCUGAUGGAGACUGUCAGUAUCAUGCUAGGUCAACUUACCAAAAGCCUUGAGGUUCAGCGCAGUAGUGAGGGCGUUCAGGGCCAGGAAGUUUUCGUGGCUGGCUUCCAUGGCUUUCAUUGUCAUAUUGCGUGCGCAUGGUUUGCAGAGAGUUUGAUUUCGAGGGUACAUGCUAAGGGGUGCUCAGAGAAUGAGGUUUUGAAUCUCCAAUUCACCCGAGGCUAUAACCUGUGCCUUAAAGAAGACUGGCUUGAAACCACACGUGCAUUGACAAGGUUACUUCGAUAUCUUUUGAGCGGGAGAGCAAAGGUCAGUGCCAUACAGGCGUGUAUGUGA